UUCUCACUCUUCUCUUUUCUCAGAGGCUGCUAAACCAAAAUCAAAGCCACGACACAGAGAGAGAGAGAGAAGAGUUUCUCUUCGCAGGCAUAUAAUAAUCACAACGAAGAUUUUGUCUCCAGGGAUCACACUUCAACGUAUUCACCUGAAAAUUCAGAAAACCAUUUUGAGAAAACUGAGAAAAACAAGCGUGCAAGAGAAGACAGCGAGAGAUGAGUGAAAACGACGUCGUUACCGGAGGAGGAGGCUGUACUGUUGUGGUUGGCGUGAAGUUUGAUACGUCGAGCAGUGAGCUGCUGGAUUGGGCUUUGGUUAAGGUUGCUGAACCGGGUGAUACCGUCAUCGCUCUUCACAUUCUCACCAAUGAUCAACCAGGAGACUCUUUGCUUCUCUCCCUUGUUAAAACCUUCGACUCUGUUCGCCAAGUCUAUGAAGGUCUCUGCAAAUUGAAACAGGUUGAGCUGAAGCUGAAGAUAUGUCGGGGCUCUUCUACUCGUAAGGUUCUAGUUAGAGAAGCAAAACUGUGUAAUGGAUCCAAAGUUGUAGUUGGAGUUUCCAAAAGUUACCAUACAAUACAUUCAUCUGUCUUCGUGGCUAAGUACUUAGCCCGGAAACUAUCAAAAGAUUGCUGGGUUAUGGCCGUUGACAACGGGAAAGUCAUGUUUCAGAAAGAUGGUUCCCCAUCAACCACCAAAGGGGAAAGCAAUCCUCGUAGGAACACAUUGUCUAGCUUCUUUCAGAUGCCUGUCACAUUGCAAAAGAAUACAAAAGUAGUUAACAAUUCUGAGGAGGAAGAGAAAGAAGGAGAGGAGGAUUGUUCCAAUGGUCAUAGUCUACGGCCACAGGCUUUAGUGUCUUCCUGCCUUGGGAAUCGCUCUGUUUGUGGAAAUGUAUCUGGAUCAUCUAGUUAUUAUGAUGGAGGUCAAGAUGAUAAUGCUGAUGAUUUCGACAAGUCAAUUGCCUCUGAGCCGCCCGGAAAAGCUCCAGAAGAUUUGACCAGAUUCAUCAAUCUGCUGUUUAAAGAGCUGCCUGAGUUUAGACCAGGUUGGCCUUUGCUUUGUCGUGUAUCUUCUUCAGAUGUGUUAUGUAAUGUUCCUCGGAGUUGUUCGUACAGAAAAAUACCAGUUGCUCAGUGGGUGCUGAAGCUGCCUUCUAGGGCCAACUCUGCUGUUGGGAGUUCAGACACUAAGCGGAUUGGUUUUGAUUAUUCUGAAUCUGAAGAUAAUCAUAAGUUGUCUAGGUUGAACGCUGAAAGCCGAGAAACUGUUCCUGAUGGUAAUGAUUCUAUGAUCGUAAAAUAUUCUCCUGAUGACAGCCCAAGAAAAUUUCCAGAGGAAUUAGGACUUCAUGAGAGGUUCUCCACAUCUUGCCAGUCCUUUAAGUACAGUGAGCUUGUGUCAGUGACAUCUAACUUUUGUCCUGAUAAUUUCAUCGGAAAAGGAGGAAGCAGCAAGGUGUAUAGAGGUUACCUACCCAAUGGAAGAGAGGUUGCAGUGAAAAUUCUCAAGCAAACCAAGGGCGUAUUGAAAGAUUUUGUGGCAGAGAUUGACAUCAUUACAACCUUAAACCAUAAGAAUGUUAUUUCCCUCUUAGGUUACUGCUUUGAAGACAAAAACCUCUUACUGGUAUACAAUUAUCUCUCAAGAGGAAGCCUUGAAGAAAAUCUCCAUGGCAACAAGAAAGAUUCAGUAGCGUUUGGUUGGAUGGAGAGAUAUAAAGUGGCUUUGGGAAUAGCUGAGGCGUUGGACUAUCUGCAUAACAGUGCUCCACAAGCUGUUAUUCACAGAGAUGUUAAGUCAUCAAACAUAUUGUUGUCUGAUGAUUUUGAGCCACAACUUUCUGAUUUUGGGCUUGCAAAGUGGGAGUCGGCAUCUACAACGCAGACAAUCUGCUCCGAUGUCUCAGGCACCUUUGGGUACUUAGCUCCAGAGUACUUUAUGUAUGGCAAGAUGAACAAUAAGAUAGAUGUUUAUGCAUAUGGUGUUGUACUCCUCGAGCUUCUUUCUGGAAGAAAACCUGUUAAUAGCGAAUCUCCAAAGGCUCGAGAAAGUCUUGUUAUGUGGGCGAAACCAAUUCUGGAAGAUAGACACUAUCCUCAGUUACUGGAUCCGUGUUUGCUAGAUGACAACGAUAGUGAUCAGAUGGAGAGGAUGGCGUUAGCGGCCACUCUUUGUAUAAGACAUAAUCCUCAAUCUAGGCCAGAAAUGGGAAUGGUCUUAGAUCUUCUUAAAGGUGACACGGAGAUGCUAAAGUGGGCAAAGGAAGAAAUCAGUAAUGGUUUAGAGGAUUCAAAGCUGCUCAAAGACGAGAAACUGCAUAGGUCAAAUCUACAGUCACAUCUAAACCUAGCAUUCCUAGACAUGGAAGACGACUCUCACUCCAUGAGAAGCAUGGAUCAAGGCAUCUCCGUGGAGGAUUAUCUUAAUGGCAGGGAAAGCCGCUCAUCUAGCUUCAAUUGAACUUAUUCUAUUGACAUCAACAAAGCACAAGUGCAAAACUGUCCAAGCUGGGAUGGUCAAGACUCUUUGUAUGCGACUCACAAGUGACAAGGUACAAAUGUCAGUGUAAGUGUAUAGUAUAGUAUGAAAGAAAAGGUGUUUCUUUCCAUUUUGGAUAGGGUGGUGGAUGAGAGGUGGAUGUGUUGUGAGUGCUAUUGCCCCUCCUCCCUCCCUUGGUUUAGAGUUAUAUAUGAAGCUUUCAGUUGUUAUGGGGUCUGUUUCACAACUUUUACCUUUGUUGUGGGGCAAAAUAGACAAUGCAAAUAUGUGCAUUCCUUGAUCCUAAUGGAUCUAAGUGAAUUUUCUUUGUCAUGUAAUUGCUCGUACCUGUCAUUAUCUAACAUUAUCUUGUUGAAAUGAAUUAUUU